CUGGCGCGCAAAUGAACGGCAAGAAGACGACGGAUGGAAAUUAAACCGUUAAAGAAGAUGACCGACGCGCAAUUAACCGGUAAGAGGGUGACCGGAAGUGUAUAAGAAGAUGACCGGCGCGUAACAUAAACGGUAAGAAGAUGACCAGAAAUUGCAGACCCAUUCCAAUUGGUGACCGGCGAACGCAGACCCAUUCCAUUUGGUUCAAUCUGUUUCUCUCGUUUCUCUCUGUUUUACUCUGUUUGUGGUUUCGUGAGAUUGAAGAACAAUGGGCAGAGGAACAUUGAGCCUUAAACUGAUUCCCAACCUCAAAUCUCGGAGAACAACCUUUGUGAAGAGGAAGAAAAGCCUAAUGAAGAAGGCAUACGAGCUUUCCACCCUUUGCGAUGUUCAAACCUGCGUUUUCAUCGCUUCUGACUGUGACCCAUCAACCCACUUCGAAACUUGGCCUCCCAAUCACGAUCAAAUCAAUGCUAUGAUCCGUUCCUACAAAUCCCGCUCUUUCCCCAAACACUCAUCCCGCAACUCCUCUUAUAAUCUCAAACAAUUCUUCUCCGAUCGCAAGAACAAAAUUCUAACAGACACAUCUAAACUGCGCCACAAUGUUGAGGAUCACCACCUUGAUUCUCUAUCCGAGCAUCAAUUGAAGGAGCUGUUGGCCACUUUGGACUCCAAAAUUGGAGUUGCAGAUGGCAUGAUUCAGUUCAUGGAUGCCGAUUAUGACCACUUGAUUGAGCAAGCCUUUGGCAUGGACACACUUCCUUCUGAAACAGAGGAACCCACUACUGAAUGUGACAUAUCCGAGUUUUUGAUUGAGCCAGACGAGUUUGAGUACAAUGUGGAAGGUUUUCAAUCUCCAUUGGAGGACGAGUUUGAAUACAAUGUGGAGGGUUUUCAAUCUCUAUUGGAGGACGAGUUUCUCGGAACGCUAGUUCUAAAUAACCCCUUUAAGUUCGAUUCUUAAUUCAUUACAUAGUUUCUUCAUGAGAGUACUCUCGCUCUCUAUUCUUCUCUCUGUAAGUGUAUUGAUUUUAGCAUAAUGAAAAUCAAGUUUCAGUUUCCAAACUUUUCUCUCUCUUAUCAACU